AUGCGUGUCUCUACAUUUUUUUUGUUUUUGGCGAUUGUGAUAAUCUCAUUUCUCAAUGAAACAGAAGCGAGACGAAAGAUCCUUAGGGGAAGAAAAACAAUUACCAGGACAUAUUACAAAUCUUUAGGAAUCCCUGCUUGGUUGUCAAUCACAUUCACUGGACUCAUUAUAUUAGGGAUUUCAGGAAUCAUUUUUGCUGUAUUGCAAAAAUUUAUUAUAGUUAACAAUCAACCUCCACAACAAACGCCUUCCUCAGUGCCACUCACCACAUCAUCUUAG